AUUUUUUGUUAAAAAAUUUUAUUACAAGGGCUAAUCAUCGUUAUCGAGCAAUAUUUUAAGACAAAAAUGCCUAAUGAAAACGUAGAAUUUGACAAUAAUUAUUCUAGUGAAGUAGAUUCGGAUUUAGAAGAAGCUAAUAUUGAAGUACCAAAUAACUAUAGACGCGCAACACAAAAAAAUUAAAUUUAAAAAAAAAAGAAAGUGCAACUUUUAUCAAAGAGGAAAACAGGAGUUUUUCAAAAUGAAAGGUUAAAUAUUUAUAAGUGGUUGAUAUAUGAUGGAUCAAGAAAUCUAAUGUUUUGCUCACUAUGCCAAAGUCAUAAAAAACAAAAUAAGUUUGGAAAAGAAGAGAUUGCAAAGGUAGAACUUAUUAAGGUUACCAACAAUGCUAUAGAUAGGGCUCAAAAUCACGUUAGUGUUUUAAUGAAGAUAAUAUUUUGGCUAGCAGAAAAUGAUAUUUCACUAAACGAAUUACCUGAAGUUCUAGUGCGCUCUCUAGCAACUGCAAUUUAUACUUAUGAAGAUAGUUUACAUUUAGCGGUUGCAGAUGAAAAAGAACUUAUUUCUUUAUUGGCUGAUCGGGUAACAAAUCCAGAUUAUAAUUUUGUAUACAAUCUUUUCAAGAAAUAUAGAGAAAUUAGUUUAGGUGCAAAUACAAAUUUAAUUGAUAAACAUUUGAAAAUCAUUAAAUAUGAUUCAUUAGAGACUGCAAGAACAUCUUCAGAGUUAGAACUUAAUCACCAAAAUCGAGAAUCACGUAUUAGAUUAAUCAAAGAAUUCUUGGGUUGAUAACGAUCAAUUAUUAUCAGGAAUAGAAAAUUUUUAGAGGGAUAUGAAAAAUCAAAGAAUAAAUCUAACGGGCAAUUGGUAUCAUACUUGCAUCAAAAUUAUCAAAUUUUGACUCGAAUUUAAUGUAAAGAAUCGUUCAAAAAUUCCUAUAUAAGUAACCUCAAUUCAAAGGCGUAAAGAAUAUUCCAAGGAAAAUGAUCCUAACGUGAUGCCAGCAAGGAAAAAAAGAAAAGUCUCAAAAAUAUCACAUAAUUUAUAAAUGAUAAUGUAAUUAAUUAAUUUACAUAAUAAUUAUAAAGAAAUUAUCCUUUUGCAUAUAUAUAGGUAUAUAGUAAUUAGAUUCAAAAAAAAUCAAUAAAAAACAAAAAUUCCAUUCGAACAAAAUAAAAACGGG